UCCCUCUCCCUGAAUACCAACUCUAAACUGAAAUCAUAUGUUUCUUAGUAAGAUACUUUUUGUUGUUAGUCUUCUUGAUACAAGUCUCUAAAAUUGUUUGAAACAUAUUGGCCUAUGUUCGUAGAGUUUGGAAAACUGCAGAAUUCGUCGUCUUUGGUAUCUUUAAUAAAGUUUCUUCAAAUCUUAUAUCUUCUUCACACAAAGAGUUUUCAUCAAUUGAGUUUUCUUCAAUUUUAAUUUUCUUUUUAGAGCAGUUUUGAAACUUUAAAUCAAUCUCUUUUUUACUUGACUUCACAAUCAUGCCUUUUAUAUUUGCAGAUAACUUUGUAUAUUUCUCAGCUGGUACUGAUGAAAUUAUUUCCCUUUCCUUAGCUCAUUUUUUUCUCAUUACAUUCUAUUUUGUCCACAUACUUAAAUGUCUCAAAAAUCUAGCGACUUCAGAAACCCAACAACUUCAUUCAGAUCCAUUUCCUAAACAACUCCUCUUCUUUUAGUUUAUUCAUCGAAAACAACCCGAUUUUUUUUAUUUCUUUCGAAUUAAACACAUUUUUCUUUUAACUUCCACCUUAACAUGAUUGCCUUCGAUUUUUUCAGAAGGAAGCUAGUAAUAUAAUUUUUGAAUUACAUAUGGUAUGAAGUGUCGUCCAACUUCAGAUAUCGUCUUCUCUAGAACAUUCUUUAAAAUCAAUCUUGUAUGUUAUUCACAUCAGGUUCACAAAGAUUCACUAUUUAUAAACUGGAGAAGCUUUAAAAGUAAGAAGAAGAUGUACAUAUUUUGAACCAAGGAAGCUUAUUGCUGAGAAAACAUGGAUCCUCCAGUGACUAUGCUCAUUGUUGCUACUGAUGGUAGUUGUAGUUCUUUCUAUUUUGUUUUUUCUCUUCCUAUAACAGAUUUUAAGUUUACAGGUGGCUGUCUGGACCAUGUAACUUAGGCAAAACUGUGCAACCUUCCGAUUCUCAAGCUAUCCACGAGAUCUUGGAGAGAUCGUCGGUUACCAGUCUAUUAUAUGAUGUGUUUUCAGAUUUGUAGGCGACGAGAAGUUACUCUUCUCCGACUGGGGUGAUGAUGAUGAGAGUGUUUUUAGUAUUGUGUUUGUUAAAACUUUGAUUUGUGUGUUCAUUUAUGUUUGAAUAUUUGUUGAAUGUUUUAGUUAUUGGAAUCAGUUAAUGUCAUCACACAUGUACUAGCAAAAAGUAUCUUACUAAGAAACAUAUUGACAUUAUUUCUCGUAGAGUUUGGAAAACUUCAGAGGUAAAAUCCGUUUUUGGUAUCUUUAACAAUAUUUUUUCAAAUUCUAUUUCGUCUUCACAUGAAGAGUCCUCAUCCGUUGAGAUUUCUUCAACUUUCUUUUUAGAGCAGCUUUGAGACUUUAAAUCGAUCUCUUUUUACUUGACCUUACAAUUUUUCCUUAUGCACUUGCAAAUAGCUUUGCCUUUGUCUCAGCUGAUACUAAUGAAGUUCCUUCCCUUUUCUUAGCUCUUUUCUUCUCAUCACAUUCCAUUUUGUCCACAGACUUCUUAAAUGUCUCCAAGAAUUUUGGAUUGUUCCAAGCCUCAAUAUUAAGCACUUGACGAAAUACCAACUCUCCGAAGUUAAAUUUCAAAGACAGUCCAAUUUUAUAAAUGAGUUUAGCUUUGUCAAGUUUGAGUACACUCGGAUUUGUUGUAGGUAUCAUGUUUGAACAUAAAAUAGUGUAGACGUUAUUAAUUAACUUGACUAGUGAACUUCAAGAUAGUCAAUUUUGAUCACACAUUAACCUUACCAUCCGUCAGAAACCUAGUGACUUCAUUCAGAUCUAUUUCAUCAUUCCUAAACAACUCCUUUUAUUUUUGUUUAUCCAUCGAAGACCGAAAAAUUUCUUUAUUUCUUUCGAACUAAACACAUUUUUCAUCUAACUUCCACCCUAACAUGAUUACCUUUGAUUUUUUCAGAAGGAAGCUAAGCAUAGAAUUCUCGAAUUAUCUAUGGUAUGAAGUGUCGUCCAACUUCAAAUACUGUAUUCUCUAGACCACUCUUCAAAAUCAGCUCUUGUAUGUUAUUCACAACAUGUUCAUCAAGUUUCAUCCAUCUCUCAGCAAUAAGCUUCCUUAACUCAAAAUAUGUAUAAUUUCUUCUUACUUUUAAAGCUUCUUCAGUUUAUAAAUUUUCUUUAGAUUCCUUUUCUUCACCUCGAGAGUCGACCUUUAUUACUCUAGUCGAUUAAUCAUUAAAGAGUUCAGUAAUUUCUUCGAUUUUCAUUCAAUUUUCACAAACAGCUUCAUAUGCAAGUCAUUGUCGUGACAUCUUCAACUCACAAAAUGUGGUUUCUCUUUACUCACAUCAGUUGAUACGUACUCCUCUAACAUAGAAAUAUGAGUGUGUCUUUUGGAGUUUCAAUCACUAUAUUAUCACUAUUUAUAAACCAUUUUGUAUCACAAAAGCAUACAUAAAUUACAAUUUUCAUAUAAAUAAGCUACAACGUGUGGUGUAUCAUAGUCAGUUAUGUCCCAAAAUUUGGUGUAAAGGUAUUCAAGAAGAAAUGACACAAAAAAAAGUUAUAAAAACCAUUUGCCUUGAACAUUUGUGACAAAGAAAAGACACUGAGUUUGCUAUGGGCAAUGCAAGCAACUUGGGCACUUGAUUAUAGGGACAUUAUUCUCUUAUAGGACAUAACCCACCUUUGUUAUUCUCUUACAACCUAACAUCUUUUGCAUGACCCCCAAUGAAAGAAAAUUACUAUAAGGGCCUUAAUGAAUGGAUGAUCUACACCAUUGGAUCAAAACAAAAUGAGCCACACGAUUUGUCCUUCCUCUCUCUCCUCCUUAUGCGGGACCCACCCUUCUUCUUCCUCUCUUCAAUUAACGUAACAACCACCAUUCUUCCUCACUUCAAUUCUACACCAAACAAUAUCUCUUUUGAGAGAUUGGACGAAGAACAACAUAAACAUCGACAUCAAAUCGUGUAUCUUCCUCCAUAGAUGAACUUGGGUAACUAUGGAUAACAACAGACGUGUGGUGAUAUAUUUUGAUCAAGGGGGUAGUUAUUCAGAUGUGGGAGAUGAAGUUCGAUGGAAGCGGAAAGACCGACAUAUUUCUACUUUAGUGUUUACGAUGAGAAGUGAUGAGGAGGUGACUUACUCUCAGUUGGUUGAUAGAGUAUGCAUGAAAAUGAAGAUUGAUGUAGCUUCGUCCAAGAUUCAGCUGAGUUACUUUCCGUUUGGAAUGGAUGAUAAGAGGCCAUGUUACAUCUUCGAUGAUGAAGAUGUUUUAGGAUAUUUAUUGGAAGUCGAAAAAAAUCAGAGGCGUACUGUCUUGCACGUGGAGCUCAUAGAAUCUGUCUCACAAAACCAAAGUAACGAGAUGUUUUCUAGGGAUGAGGAAAUUAUUAGUGAUGCAAGAGCUAAUGAUGAUAUGGUUGGUCUUAAGGAGUUGACGACUAUUCCUCAUAUUCAAGAAGAUGAGAAUGAGAAAGGCGAUGAAGUGGGUACUGAAAAAGAUGAUAUGGAGAAGUUGGCGGUUGUUACACCAGCUGAAACACCAGUUGUACAUUUCGAGUGGGAUGACGGUAUUGACAUGGCUUUGCACCAAGAAUUUGAAACUAAGCAUGAAGUGAGAGAUUUAGUGGACAAAGCUGUGCAUAAGAAUUGUUUUGAGGUUGAUAUAGUGAAGUCGACGCCUCGACUUUACGUAUUAAAGUGCCGUGGGGUUGGUUGCAAAUGGUAUUUACGAGCUGCAAAGCUGAAAAACUCUGAUUUUUUCACUAUAAGGACGUAUCGGAAGAUGCAUACUUGCGUUAGGAUAGAGGAAAGUGCAACCAAGAAGGGGAAAAGAGGCACACCAAGCUUGGUCGCAUCUGUGCUGCAAGCUGAUUAUCCAGGAAAAUACAAGACUCCAACACCAAAGGAUCUCAUAGAUUUGGUUGAGAACAAAUUGGGUGUUAGGAUUUCAUAUGCUACGGCUUGGAGAGGAAAAUACAAAGCUAUCAACGAUCUGCGUGGGAACCCAACAGAGAGCUUUGCUAGACUGCCGUCUUACUUGUACAUGUUGGAAAGGUUGAAUCCUCGUACUGUCACCCGCUUAGUAGUGGAUGAGAAGAACCAGUUUAAGUAUGUGUUCUUCGCGCUCGGAGCUUGCAUUGAAGGGUUUAAUUCCAUGCGGAAAGUGAUAAUUAUGGAUGGAACUCAUCUGAAGGGUGUGUAUAAAGGAGUGCUUCUUAUUGCCACUGCUCAAGAUCCAGAUCAUCAUCAUUAUCCUCUCGCUUUUGCUGUAGUAGAUGGUGAAAAAAAUGCAAGUUGGAGUUGGUUUUUGACUACAUUGAAAACCUUGAUACCAGAUGAUCCCCAACUUGUAUUCUGCACUGAUAGAAACCAAAGCAUCAUCAAGACAGUACACGAGGUCUACCCACUGGCGAUCCAUGGAUAUUGCAUAUAUCACUUGGCUAAUAAUGUGAAAGGAGCAUGCAGCCAUGUUAGGAAAGAUGUGGUUGCACAUGAGUUCAAAAAAAUUGCUGGUAUUUACACAGAAAAAGAGUUUAGAAGAAAAUAUAUUGAUUUCAGAAGAAGGUAUCCUCAGGCCGCUGAGUAUCUGGAUGAGAGUGUGCAUGAGAGCAAAUGGGCAAGAUGUCAAUUUCCAGGAGCAAGGUACAACAUAGAUACAACCAACACUGCUGAAUCUAUGAAUGGUGUUUUCAAGGAACAAAGGAAUUAUGCACUGCUGCCAAUGAUUGAUGAGAUCGUGGGGAAGAUUAUAGAAUGGUUUAAUAGAUACCGACAAAUUUCUAUAGGGGUUCCACAGAGGCAGCUACUUGUCCCACGUGUGCAUGUUGAAUUGCAUGAGAACUGUCCGAUUGCAAGAACACUUCACGUGGAGGUGCUAAACACAUUUGAACGUCAGUACAAUGUUACUGGUACGGAUGGGAAAGGUUAUUUGGUUGAUUUGAUCAACAAAACAUGUCACUGUCGGCAUUUUGAAAUUGACCGGUAUCCUUGUGUGCAUGCGCUUGCUGCGAUCAUGAAGUAUUGCAGAACUACAACAGAUGAUACGCUAGAGCAGUUGGUUGAAAAUUAUUGUUCUAAGUAUUAUUGGAUGGAGCAGUGGACAUUGGCAUAUUGUAGGACAAUAUAUCCAGUGCCUCAUCAUUCAUCCUGGCAAGUUCCUGAGGAAAUACAAUCUCAGGUUGUGUUCCCGCCGUAUGUGGAGAAAAAAAAAGGAAGAUUACAAACUACUAGAUUCCCAUCUGCGGGAGAAUAUCGGAGGAAGAGAAAGAAAAAGUAUGCACCAUUCUCGGAGUGGCUUGGUGACAGCAGUGACAAAGAUGACAACGACAACGAUGACAUCGAUUACGAAGAAAGCAGCAAUGAGGGAAGUGACAGCGAGGAAAGUGGCAGCGAAGGAAGUGGUGACGAGGGAGGUGACAACGAAGGAAAUGAUGAAUGA